GUUUGGGCUUAGCUCGCAGACUGAAAAUGGCUUUGACAUACGGCCUUCGGAACUGGGAGGAGAGUCAAGUAGAGACUGCACAGGUGAGAGAAACUGCACUGCAAAGGGACAGAAACAAACAGGCAAAAUGUGUGUUCGUCUGCUUGACUGUCUGACUGUUUGUGAUGAUCAGUCCUUCCAUGAGCAUCGCUCCAGUCAGGGGUUUGUGGGUUGGGAGCCACUCAAGCAAGAUGAGGGGCUCAACACAUCAACCAUUUCGUAUGGCACACGCACACUUGCAGACGUGUGUGCCCCGGUUGUUCGUCUGUAUCAGGCGUUUUUUCCUCACCGGCGGACAUCUGCUCAAAAACCAGUCGUUUUACAGGGUGCAGGAUGACAACCUCUGGUAUGCACACAUCUGUAGAUACCCGCAUGUUUCAAAUCUGAAACUGUGAUCGAAUCUUUCUCUCUUGGUGGCAGGAAUGACCCUAUCCAUGCUGGGCCAAAAAGCUGGCGAUUCUUUCACGGACCCAACACCAUCGCAGGUGCGUGUGUGUAUGGCCUCUGUCCUACUGCAUAUGGGUGGUGACGUAUGAGGUGCAGACGCUCCUUUGCUUGACGAGAUCGAUAAGACGGCCGUCAAGGAGGACGCAUGGUCGGCACGAUGGGUGCACGUACACGCGUCGACCGCCGAGCAUUCUGUGCUUUCUAUGCGCAGGAAGAGAAAGAGAGAGUUUGUUAACGCUUCGCGGGAGGUGCGUGUGUAUGUCUCUUUGCGAGCCAGGGCACGGCAGAGACAGGCAUACUGUGUUCCUCUCGUAGCGGUCUCUCGAGAGGACGGAUCAGCGGCGGCAGGAGAGACAUGCAGUACGUCAUACACAAAAUGCAUACCAGAAAAAGAGAGACAAAGCAAGGGUCGUGUGUCUGCGUGCAGCUUGCGACGUGGUCUAGCUGGGCGCCAACGCCCAAGGGCAUCAAGGACAUACUGGAGGGGUGAGUAUUCAUUGCCUGCAGAAACACACACAUACUCACUCACUCCAGAAGCCAACAACGCGGAGGUUACGCGUGUUGUUUGCAGAGUCAAUGACUGGACGGACCUGAAUUCGAUGCCGCCCCGUGCCCUGCAGAAGAUCAUCACGCCCAUGAUGCUGCACAAAGACAGAGGUCUGCCAUCACACACUGCAAAAUGACCAAUGAUCAGAAUCCUUCACACCGACUUGUUCUGGUCGGGCAGAGGCGAUUGAGGUGAUUCUGGAUCGGCUGCAGGACGAGAGAGAUCGAGAGGGUGAGCAAGGCAAGGCGCAUCUGAUACGAAAGUGCAAUGGUGCAGAUGCCGUUCUUGGUAACGUCAGAUCUGUUGCAUCAAUGGCGUAACGCUCGUCGCGAGGAGAUCCGCACAGACCUCGCUAAGAGGAAAGCAUUCAACGACCUGGUGUGUGUUGAUGGGCUACUAGGCGGCGUAUAUCUAUGGAUGGAUCUAUGUACGUGUUUAGCUUGAGGAGCUCUCCGGGCAGUAUGGCCGCAUGCUCAACGGGUACAAGUAUGAGAUGCAGAGAGACACACAUACAGCAAACAAUCGUGUGGCUUCAGGCAUGGCAAGGUGCCUCGUUUGAGCACGCGUCUUAAGCUGCUGGCUCAGCCUAAGGAAGCCAAUCCCCUCGCAGACAUACAGGCCAUUGGCUGUAUGAGAGAUUUCAAGUCAGUCACCUCUCUAUCCAUCCACAUGCCCGAAACGCACGUCUCUCUUUGCCUGCCUGCCUUGAUGUCAUCAGAGAUCUUUUAUACGCCGACUACAAGAGUGCGGUGGACGUGUUGCAGCGGCGGUCGCCCCCCGCCCUGCGAGCCCAAAUGGGGGAGAUCUCGCCCAAUGUAGCUACCAUCUUCAAAAAGAGGUGGCAGAAAUCCACCACCGGGCUGCCACCGCCACCGGCCGGGCCCAGACCACAGGUCAGUACUUCUAGCGAUAAAGGAUCGAAGGCAGGAGGGAGAUAUCCACUUGUGCGUCCGGGCUUUCCUUUUAUUACUGACUGUGCAGGCAACCCUGAAGCCAGCCACUGGUGUCGCGCAGGAGGCCUGGAAAGUAAGAGGAGUGGACACCUCAUCCCCCAUUCCCAAACAGACAGAGAGAGAGAGAGACAUAACGUCUCUCUGUCCAUGCAUGCAGGGUUUGGUGGCCGAGCGCUAUGGCUCGACGUAUCGCGUUUCAGUGAGCCACACGCCCACGGCCAAGCCGUUCAGACCCUCACAGCCGGGCAGCGAGGCAUCCACCGCCAGACACAAAAGGCAGUCCAGGCAAACCACAGGUCCGCAGACACACACAGAGGUGACAAGCCAGUCUCUGUGUUUCUGCGGGUCAGCAAGGACAGGUGCGCCGUCACCAGAAAUGGACAAGCUUGUCUCAGCCAUCGACGUGAGAACUGGAUGUAGGGAAGGGAGACACAAAAAACAAAUACACUGUGGUCGCUGUAUGGCUGCAGGCCUUUGAGCAGCAGCUGAUGACCAUGACAGUCGACACGAAGUGGGAGAAGACAUGCCUUGCUUUCAUGGAUGUGCAGACAGACACUUAUCUGUGUCUCCUGCCUAUGACAUCAGAUACGGCAAUGACUUCAAGUACAAAGCGAAGCGCAACAGCAUACCGGUAAGCAGACAGACAUACAUGAAUUGGAAGGACCGACACGCACUCAGGCCUUCUGUGGAAUGCACGUAUGCAUGUAUGCUUUUCUUGCAGGCUGCCGUGCGUCGCCAGCUGGGACAGGAUGAGCUCAUGCGCCACGCGGAGAUGGCCCGCAUACUCGAAGACUCAGAGACAUCGCAGAUGAUGCAGAACACCGACGACCACACAGACAAACACCCACCCUCGCAACCACAGCCACCAGCCGACGACACAAGGCUCGCCAAAUUCGACGUGCUGAUCCAGCCCUCGGAGCUGCUCAACAGCCACCAGGUGCCCACCAUUUCCAUGCAAGCGACGCCAUUCGGCCUAUCAGACGAGCCGAUACGGCCGCCAAACCCCCAGCCACCACCAGGCCGGGGAUCGCUGGAAAGCACGUCGGUGGAUGCAGUGCCACUGCCAUAUGGGGUGCACGAGCAGGAGCUUGAGAAAUAUUCUAUCACGGUCGUCCCGUAUCCCACGCAAGAUGGCGGGGGUGUGGGGGACGACGGGACGAGUGGUGUGUACUCGUUUGCUGCUGGUGACGCUGCUGAAGGGAAUGGGGAGAGCGAUGAAGAAGCGGAAGACGAAGCAGAGGAAGCAGAGGAUGAUGAUGCUGCGUGAGCGAGUGCAUGUACGAUGUGUGCGUUCUCCUGAUUGGCUUUCAUCCCAGUCGACGGACAGCAUCAAAUGAAUCACCCACUGUCACGGAUUCGGAUCGAGACAUGACGACGCAACGACGUGUAUAUCUUGUCCAUCCAUAUAAUUGUCUCAC